AUGGUAUGUGAUUCGGACGAUGAAACGAGAGAGAAGCUUAGGAAAUGUGUUCGACGUCAUCAGGAAUUGAUUGCGUUAGUUGAUCAAAUGGAGGUGUUGUACUCUAAAUCUAAUUUAGUCAAUAUUUUGAGCAGUUCACUACUUAUCUGCUUGAGUGGAUUCAAUAUAACGCUUUUAGGGAGUUCAAAUUCAGCUUUCGCCUUUAUACCAUUCCUGGUCGUGAGUCUUACACAGAUUUCUCUCAUGUGUUUCUUUGGAGACAUGCUCAUGGCUUCGAGCACUAAAAUCGGUGGUGCAAUUUACAAUUGCCGCUGGUACGACACUACUCCGGAUAUCAAGAAAAGUGUUAUUUUCAUAAUGCUUAGGUCUAAAAAACCGUGUAAAAUAACUGCUGCAAACUUCGCCGUGAUGAACCUAACAGCGUUUACAACGAUCCUAAGCCGUUCUUGGUCUUAUUUCGCUCUGCUUCGGACCAUGCUUAUUGGUAAAUCGACGCCGUGCCGUGAGGUGUCGUCGGGGUGCCGUCGAGGUGUCGUUGGGGUGUCGUCGGAGUGUCGUCGGGGUGUCAGGGUGUCGGACUGUUGGCGGACCGGCGGGUCGGAGGGCCGGGGUGUCGUAGGGUGGGCUGAAAGGUCUGAUGGCCGGUGGGCCACCGCUCGGAGUACCGCCGCUCUAAGGGUCACCGCACUGAGGACCACCACUCAGAGGUCCACUCAGAGGUCGGGGUGUCCGAACCCGAGUGGAGCGAGUGUGAAUCGCUCGUAUAGUUAUAGUUUU